AUGCCUCCGCCAAAAGAAGCAGUGAAACCCAAAUUCAAUCCCAAGUUUAUGGACAGUAGUGUACCAGUGAUUCUCAGGACACAAGCAAAUCAGACAGCUGGAGUCACCUUCAUCCUCCUGGGCUUCUCUGAGUACCCUGACCUCCAGGUGCCCCUGUUCCUGGUGUUCUUGGCCAUUUACACCAUCACCGUGCUGGGGAACCUAGGCAUGAUCCUGAUCAUCAGGGUCAACCCCAAGCUCCACACCCCCAUGUACUUCUUCCUCAGUCACUUGUCCUUUGUUGACUUCUGCUACUCCAGCGUGGUUACCCCAAAGCUCUUAGAAAACCUGAUUGUGGAAGACAGAACCAUCUCCUUCACAGCCUGUGUCACACAGUUCUUCUUAGCCUGCAUAUUCGUGGUGGCAGAAACAUUCGUGCUGGCCGCGAUGGCCUAUGACCGAUUCGUGGCAGUGUGCCAGCCUCUCCUCUGCACAGUUGUGAUGUCCCCAAGGUUGUGUUCCUCGUUGGUAGCUGCCUCAUAUGCUUGGGCUGUAGUCUGCUCCUUAACAUUCAUAUACUUUUUGUUGAUGUUAUCCUUUUGUGGGAUUAAGUUCAUCAACAACUUUGUGUGUGAGCAUGCUGCCAUUGUUGCAGUGUCCUGCUCCGACCCCUACCUAAGCCAGCAGGUCCUCUUCAUCUUUGCUACAUUCAAUGAACUAAGUAGCCUAAUAAUUGUUCUUACUUCUUAUAUCUUCAUUUUUAUCACUGUCACGAAAAUGUCUUCUAGCGGGGGUCUCUACAAAGCCUUGUCCACGUGUGCCUCCCACCUGACCGCCAUUACCAUUUUCCACGGCACCAUCAUUUCUCUGUAUUGUGUUCCCACCACCAAGAGCUCAUGGCUUCUGAUCAAGGUCGCCUCCGUGUUCUACACAGUGGUCAUCCCCAUGCUGAACCCGCUCAUCUACAGUCUCAGGAACAAAGAGGUAAAGGAGGCUGUGAGCAAAUUAAUCACCACCCAAUUACAUUCAGAAUCAAUAAUUUUUACUACCAAUAGUACUUCAUAG